AUGCGAAAGGAUUUAAAAGCUGGUAUUCAAAACAUAAAUAGUACGAAAAUUUAUGUGAAAUCUGAUAUUCCAAUCUCAGUAAUAGCGCAUGACUUUUGUGAUGGAAUUGGAGACAGCCUCAGUGUUUGGCCAACAACGCUUGCCUCACGCCGAUUCGCUUUCUCAAUUCCUGCUGCAGCAUCAGAUGGACUCGAGCUUCUAUAUUUCUUCUCUAUGCACAGUGCCGUUGUAAACUACACAAUAAUUUCUAAUGAUAACAAAAUCUCUGAAACCAAAGAAAUUCAAGGAGGUCUUAUGGCGGAUGAUGUUGUCUACGCAAUAAGUCCGGGGGAUGUUUCAGUGUAUGUUGAGACGUCAGAACCAAUUCAUAUCAUUGCUGCAGUAACUCGUCUCCCAAUACAAAAUUUGCCAAACAAAGUAGAUUUCGGUUGCUUUAUGCCAAUUCCAGUGACUAAUACAGCGUGUAGCAGAAACACAGGAAAGGGAGAAUUAAGCGAAUGGGGUCAAAAAGAAAGUGGAGUAAACGAUGUACACGUCACGGAUCUUGAUGCUGGAAAUUACUACACUUUUACUCCACCUCACUAUUCAUGCGCUCCAUUCAAUAUAAUAAUUUAUAAUUCGAGUUCUCUAAUAAAUUCUCAACGUGUUCUGCCUGGAAAUGUGCAAAGCCCAAUAAAUUUCGAAAAGUCCAAAAUUGGAGAAGUGAAGACAGUUUUUUCAAACUUAUUUUCGCUUACUUCUAGUGUACCUAUACGCGUAAUUCGAUACGGUGGAUGCGGCACUACUAAAGAAUGGAAAGAAGAAGGAGGAUUUUUAGAUAAUCUGCCAUCGCGUUCUGAGUACAUUACAGGAACAACCGGUUAUGUGCUCUUUAAUGACUACGAUGACGUGUCGGUUUUUGGAGAUGAAACUAUUCGAAAUACGUCAAAACACAACGGUGAAAUGAUAGGACCUGUUUUCUUCAAAAACUUUACUUACAAUGAUGAGACCAUGUGGAUGACGACAUUUACUGAAGAGAAGGGACUGCACUGGUUUUCCUCCAAGGGUUACUACAUGCUGCAUGUAGCUGGUUCAGCAGACGAUUCCGCGCAGGGUUACACUCCUCACUUCCAAAGCUCAUCUGCAGUGCACGAAGUGUUUGAGGCUUUUGAGUUUUGCGGCACGUGCCUUCAUUUGUGA